AUGCAAGGAACAUACAAGGACAACGGAUUACCUAGACCAUACUACAUGAAACCUUCAAGAAAGAAGCUAUCACAUUACGAAAAGUUGCCUAUCAAUGCAUUUAAUACACCGAGGCGAAAACUUCUAGGGUAUAUUGUCAUGAUAGUAUUAUUUGGCUCUUGUAUGUACUGGAUAUCACAAGAUCUCAAACCGAAGCCCGAUCCAGUUUACGAAAUCCUCGAAGCGGACGACGUGAAUAAGAACAUAGAGAAUAUAGUGAAUACGGUUGGUUCUGUUGCCGACAAAGAAAGCGACAACCUUGGCUUGGCAGGCAAUUUGGCUCAAAAUUCUAAGGGCCAAAUUGGACACGGUGUACUUGAAGCACCCAAGGGCGGAAUAGCCAAUGAAGCACCGCUUGUCGGAAAUGACGAAGAUGAGGUCGUAGGAAAUAUGAAAGGUAAGAAUGGGAACCAGGCACCUCUAAAUAAGGGGACUGAUUCUGAAUUUCAAGGCGAUGCUGGAGUUCCAUGA